GAGCCGCUCCAAAGAGGAGAACCAGAGGAAACAGCGGCUCCUGGACUCGACUCUCAGCCCACAAAUGUGAAGAUAAAAUGCAGCAGUCCCAACAACACUUCGCCUCCUCUCUGUGUUUUAGAGAAACCGAAGGAGGAAAAUCCGACUGAAACUUUAGACCUUACAGUUGUCCAGGUGAAGAGCGAGGAGCUGGAGAAGGAACCGUCUGAGCUGCAUCAGAUUCUAAGCACAAUCAGUGAAAAUGAAACAGACAAAACUCAAGAGGAAGUGUCCAAAGAACCAAAACAAGAGCCAGAGUCUGUGGAUUUUAACUUUGAUAAUUUUCAGCAAAACGGCUACUCCACCGACAACAGUGAAGACUGGGGAGAAACAUCCAGUUCAGCCAGACACAUACAGACCGAAGACGUCAGAGAGGGUUAUGAGCAGUUUAUACUGGACCAUGACUUUUCAAUGAACAGAGUCAGAGAACACCGAUGCCUCGUCUGUGGGAAGGUCUUCACCGGGCGUUCACUUUUAAAGAGGCACUCUGUGGUUCACACGGGGGAGAAACCUUUCAGCUGUCCAGUUUGUAACAAAGGCUUUACACAGAACGCCCACCUGAAGGUCCACAUGUGCACUCACACUGGAAUCAUGCCGUAUCGAUGCUCGCUGUGUGCCCGAGGAUUCACACGCAGAGACAUCUACCUCAAACAUGUGGGGACGCACAGAGACAAGAGGCCUGUGGGACUGAACGACCGAAGGGUGGGGUCACUGAACGACCGAAGGGUGGGGUCACUGAACGACCGAAGGGUGGGGCCACUGAACGACCGAAGGGUGGGACCACUAAAUGCCCGAAGGGUGGGGCCGUGGAAUGACCCAAGGUUGGGGCCAAAACCCGGAGAGGCCAGCUCACAUAGUACAGAGUCAAGUGCAAACCAACUGUGUCUCUACAGCUGCUCCUUGUGUCAGAAAAGCUUUCUCUGUAAAAACGACAUAGAAAAUCACAUGAAGAGCCACAUAGAAGAAAGAACAGGAGACAGAACACUGGACAGAGCAGGAAACUGAGGCUCAGACACAGGAUAAGCCCUGGUUUUAUAAUAAUAAUAAUAAUACAUUGGAUUUAUACAUCAUCUUUCAGGACAUUCAAAGAGCUUUACAGAGCAAUAUUCAUUCACUCGACAGAUACUACUGUAGCCACAGCUGCCCCGGGGCCGUCAGCCUCUCCCACAAACACACACAUCUCAUUGAUACUAGGCAAUGUGUGCAUAAGGACACAACGACAGAACUCGACCCGAGCAGGAAUCAAUCUUCUAACCUUCAGGUUGGGGGGGGAUCACUGCUCUACCACUGAGCCACUGUUUUGCAGUUCACAUAUGUCAUGUCUGA